UCACGAGAGUUCCGGUGUUGUGAUGAUGAACGUCCCUGCCAACAUGGCGGUCAGCAUCCGCGGCCGUCCGAACCGGAGUAUACGGAUGAGAGGUCGGAAUGACAGCGGGGAAGAGAAUGUACCGCUGGAUCUCACGAGAGAACCAUCAGAUAACAUGCGUGAGAUCCUUCAGAACAUUGCCAAAUCUCACGGGGUUUCCAACAUGAGGAAGCUUGGCCACCUGAACAACUUUGUUAAGCUCCUGAUCAGUGUAAGUCACUGUGAAGAGAAAUUAGGAUUUACAUACGAGGAAAUCAUCCUUUGUCUGCGUGUAGCGUUGUUGAAUGAAGUGAAGGAGGUUCGGGCUGCAGGUUUGAGAGCACUAAGGUAUCUGAUCCAUGAUAGUAACGUCCUCAAGAAGGUUCUUCAGCUGCAGGUGGAUUACCUGAUCUCCAGGUGUAUUGACAUUCAGCAAAGUAAUGAGGUGGAGAGGACUCAAGCCCUCAGACUGGUCAGAAAGAUGAUAACCGUGAAUGCACAGCUCUUUCCCAGCUCUUUGACCAACUCUCUGAUCACGGUGGGGAACGAAGGGCUGCAGGAGAGAGAUCGCAUGGUUCGAGCCUGCAUCGCCAUCAUUUGUGAACUUGCACUGAAGAACCCAGAGAUUGUGGCCCGGCGGGGGGGUUUGAACACCAUCCUAAAGAACGUCAUCGACUGCCAGCUGAGCCGCAUCAACGAGGCCCUGAUCACCACCAUACUGCACCUGCUCAAUCACCCGCACACACGCCAGUACAUACACACGGAUGUUGAACUGGAGCAAAUUCUCGCACCUUACACAGACUUUCACUACAGACAUAACCCUGACACAGCAGAGGCACAAAUCAAGGAAGACAGAGAAGCUCGGUUUUUAUCCAGUAAAAUGGCUAUUGUUGCAGCCUUCCGCUCAUGGUCAGGUAUUAUAAACCUGUGUAAGUCAGGAAACUCAGGGCUCCAGUCGUUGAUAGGCUUGCUCUCUAUACCAAACAUGGAAGUCAGGAAAGCUUUAUUAGAAGUCAUGUACGAGAUCUUCAGGUUGCCUGUUCCUGUAGUGACAGAAGAUUUUGAGGAAGCACUGCACAGCGUGGACCCCAGCAAGUUUCAGGACAGCUGGAGACUCUCUGAUGGGUUUGUAGCUGCAGAAGCCAAAGUCAUAUUGCCUCACAGAGCACGAUCCAGACCAGACCUCAUGGACAACUACCUGGCACUACUGCUGUCUGCCUUCAUCAACAGUGGACUACUGGAGGGUCUGGUGGAGGUGGUGACCAGCAGUGAUGGACGGAUAUCAGUGAGAGCCACUAUUCUUCUCGGAGAACUUCUGCACAUGGCCAAUACGAUUCUUCCUCACUCUCACAGUCAUCACCUGCACUGUCUGCCCACGCUGAUCAACAUGGCUACUUCCUUUGACGUCUCUCAGGAGAAACGGCUACGUGCCAGUGCAGCUGUGAACCACCUGAAACGUUUCCACGAAAAGAAAUGUCAUGGCCCCAAACCGUACAGUCUUUACCUGGACCACAUCCUGCGCAGGACGUCCAACUCCACUCACAAGAGAGAGCAGCUCCAGCGUCCACAGAAGGACAUCUAUGUCAUGAAGGACACUGAAGAGGCGCUGAUGAUGAUCUUAAGGGACAGUCAGAUCCUCAAUCACAAACAGAACCUGGACUGGAACUGGGUUCUGAUCUCCACUAUACUGAAGUGGCCAAAUGUGAACCUCAGAAAUAACAAGGACGAGCAGAUGCACAAGUUUGUAAGGAGGUUGCUGUAUUUCUAUAAGCCCAGCAGUAAGCUGUACUCGGCUCUGGAGCUGGAUCACGCCAAAGCCAGACAGCUGACGGUCGCAGGCUGCCAGUUCAACCAGUUCCUCUUGGAUUCAGAAGAGGACGGCCUGGUGUAUCUGGCGGAGCUUGUGAAGGAUAUCGUCCAGUGGCUCACAUCCUCUUCUGGGCUUAAAUCUGAACGCAGUCUCCAUAGCAAUGGCCUCCUCAGCACCCUCAGUCAGCACUACUUCCUGUUUCUGGGUACUCUGUCUGCACAGCCGAACGGAGUCAAAAUACUGGAGAAAUGUGGCGUGUUUCAGUGUCUGUUGAGCUUGUGCUCGAUGAAGAACCAGGAUCACCUGCUGAAACUAACGGUGUCCACUCUGGACUACAGCAGAGACGGACUUGCACGAGUCAUCCUGUCCAAGAUCCUCACAGCGGCCACUGACAACUGCCGUCUGUACGCCACCAAACACCUGCGUGUGCUGCUGCGCGCUAACGUUGAGUUCUUCAGUAACUGGGGGAUGGAGUUACUAGUCACACAGCUGCAUGACCACAACAAAACCAUCUCCAUGGAGGCACUGGACAUCCUGGACGAAGCCUGUGAAGAGAAGGCCAGCCUGCACGCUCUGAUCCACAUGAAACCAGCUCUGUCUCACCUGGGAGAGAAAGGCCUCCUGCUGCUGCUGAGGUUCCUGUCCAUCCCAAAAGGCUUCUCUUACCUCAAUGAAAGAGGCUACGUCAACAAACAGCUCGAUAAAUGGCAGAAGGAGUAUAAUCUGAAGUAUGUGGACAUGAUUGAGGAGCAGUUGAAUGAAGCUCUCACAACAUACCGCAAACCUGUCGACGGAGACAACUACGUCCGCCGCAGCAACCAAAGGUUACAGAGGCCAAAUGUGUUUCUCCCUGUGCAUUUAUAUGGGCAGCUGGUCCAUGAUAAAACUGGCUGCCUGCUGCUGGAAGCUCAGGGUGUUAUCCCAGAUCUUAGCUACACCGUCCGAUCCCCGGUGUUGGAUCAAUGGGAAGGCAUUAAACAGCUGAAGGCGGCGCUGUGGGCUCUGGGCAACAUUGGCAGCUCAAACUGGGGUCUGAACCUCUUGCAGGAGGAGAACGUGAUUCCAGAUAUUAUUGCUCUGGCUCAGCACUGUGAGGUUCUGUCCAUACGUGGGACGUGUGUGUAUGUGCUGGGUGUGAUCAGCCGCACGCGGCAGGGCAGUGAUGUGCUGAAGGCUUUAGGAUGGGACUCGGUUCGGCACAGUCGUAGACAGCAGUGGCCUGUCGUCCCUGAUGAAGUGGAGGCUCCGCUGCCCAGUGAACUGUCAUCAGUGCCCAGCACACUCAGCCUCAGCUCGGGGUCCACCAGCUCAUGCCACAACAGCGAGAGCGAAGGUUUGUAUUUCGUGGAUGACGAUCGCGAGGGUUUGGACAUGUAUGAAGACUCUUCUCUCAGUAUACACACAAAAUCCUCAAAGGACAGAAGCCCCUUCACCAUCCUGACCCCUUCACAUCUCCGAAACCGCUUUCUGAACUCCCUGUCUCUGCCCAGUAAGAAGGGACGGAGUCCCAGUGACACUAAAGGCACGACAAACACGGGAAAAUCUCCCGAGGAGCUCCGGCUCAUGCGACGCAACCGGACCGUAGCAGAGUUCUCGAACUAUUCUCGAGGCCACUCGGGGCAGAGCGAGGUCUUUUACAAUUGCGGUCGCAUGCCUCGCAGCCCAACGGUCAGCCUCGAGACUUCGUUUGUGAGUGUAAAAGCAUUAGCAGAGUCGUACACAACCGAGCGAUGCAUGGAUUUAGAAGGCAGAGGUCAACAUAAGGCCGUGACCCCGAGCGACGGUCAGCGGGAGCGUUUGACCUGCGACGGCACGUUUAAGAGCCGCAGUCAUAGCUUCAACACAGACACGACCACCAGUGGCAUCAGCUCCAUGAGCUCCUCCCCCUCCCGAGAGCCCGCCUCCUCCAUCGCAAUGGACACGGACUGCGCCAGCCUCAACACGGUGGUCAGCGCCAAAACUGUGAAAAUGCACGACUCGCUCAGUCCUCAGUCCAAUCACAAUCACAUCCUGUUGUCCAAGUCUAAUUCCACCUCGCUGGUUCCUCCGGGGUCGUCGCACACGCUCCCGCGCAGGGCACAGUCGCUGAAGUCGCCCUCCUGCAGCCACAUCUACACGAGCCAGCGUGACGCGCUGGGAUACGCCACGCUGAAACGCCUCCAGCAGCAGAGGAUCCACCCGUCUCUGUCACACAGCGAAGCGCUGGCGUCUCCUGCUAAAGACGUGCUGUUUACAGACACCAUCACCAUGAAAACACGCAGCCUCGACUUCCGGCUCACGCCACGCAGUGCGUGUGCUUGUGUCUGCUCUCCUCUCAGGUUUUUGAAAGCUCUGAGUUUUGUGUCUCUGGAUAAAGAGGACUUGCUGAGUCCGAUCAGUCACUCGACCCUGCAGCGCUCCUCUUCCCUGCGCUCCAUGGUCUCUAGCGCCACCUUCGGCUGCAGUGAGGACUACAUCGGCCUGGCUCUGCCCCUGGACAUCAACCACAUGUUUCAGAUUAAAGAAACAUCAUAUUUCCAGAAGAGAACAAGCCCCCCUGCUGGAGAAAAAUCAUCCAAAUUUAUUUUUGGGGAAUCUGAUGAGGCGUGUCGUGGUCCUGCUCUAAAGCCGCAGAUGAGUAUAACGGAGCUGUUGAACAGCAUCCGCUCAGAUCAGCAUCAGCUGCUGGGAGCCGAUGAGAGUGCAGGUCUACAGGAGCACACCGAGCACAACUGCCUCUACUGCAGCGCUCUCACCGUCCUCGGCUCACACACACACAGCCACCUGAACAACACACACACUCGCACAGAUCUGUCUGAUGGUUUCUCUCAGUGGCACGGCCAGCCUACCCACAAUCACCUGGAGGUGGUCACACAGUCCAAGUUCUCUGGGAUCUCGGGCUGCAGCGACGCGGCCGUCAGUCAGGGUUCGGCCAGCAGCACUCCCAGCACAGAGCUCAUACUGGAUUGUGUUUGUGAAGGUGGAAAGGCGAUAUCUGAGGACGGCCCGGCCUGCAGAGUUCUGUUGAGGAAAGAGGUUCUGCGACUCGUCAUCAACCUCAGCUCCUCAGUCGGCACCAAAGGACACGAAACCGGACUACUGACGAUAAAGGAGAAGUUUGCGUUCACGUUUGACGACAUCUGCCUGUACUCUGAGGUCUCCUUCCUGCUGGCCAGCUGCAGGUUUCGUCUGGCCUCGCGCCGCUUCAUCCAAGAGCUCUUCCAGGAUGUGCAGUUCAUUCCGCUGUAUGAUGAAGCUGAAGCGGUGCUGAAUAAACCAUCGCAGCCUGUUCCUGCGGAGACUGAGGAGCCUUGAUUCCUCCGUCAGCUUCCUGAACACCUCGCCACCGUUGUCCAUCAUCUCAGCUCCCGUACGGCACAGACAGACACACAUGGAGGACGAGGAAGGAGGCGCUUCCAGGAACAAGCCUUCAGACUUCAGACAGUGUUUCUGAAGAGGAGCAGUUUACCAAAUAACGUCUUCAGACUGUGAUACAGGUGAACCAGAGCGCUUCACAUGGUCCUAACAUACGGAGCGAUGCCUUCACAAAAAACCAUUUGACUGAAAAAGCUGUUUACACUUUAAGAGCGCCAGAUGCACUGGUGUUUCUACAUAUCCACCAAAUCCCAAUAUUUCAAAAUAUCACACAAACACUACAAAGAGUUCAGCGCAAAUGAUUUAAGGACUAAAGAAUUUAGGACUUCCAGAAAUGAAAGAAUGGGCGACACGUUGAUUACAUUUUUUACUAUUUAUUAGUUUCUUUUCUUUUGUACGUGUGUGUUUGGAUUUUUUUAUGACCUCCAGACAAUCAGAAAAAAACCUAGUUUGUGAUAUCUGUACACAUUUUUGGAAAAUCUGACAUCCGCAUAGUGUCUAAUAAAUACUCUCGCAGGAAAUUCUCCUCUGAAAGACACAGACGAAGCACAUGUGAGCACUGAUACACACACACACACACACACACACUCGCUGGUUUCAUGUUUGCACCAACUCCAGGGUGGAUCUCAUGAAAGUGGCCCAGGUUGUAUUUCACCUCAUUUAUCAUUACUGUAAAGCUGAAUUCUGGGAGAAAUGUUCUAGUUUAUCAUAAAAAUUGAGUCACAAUGCAAAAUAUCUUCAUGGAAAAACAGCGAACAGCGGUUAUUCGAUUUCUGCAGGAAACGUUUACAGACUCAUUCUCCAUAUCUUACUAGACUCGUCUGAUGCUCCCCAUACACUGAUCUGAUGCUGACCGGUUAGUUUGGACUCAGACCUUUAGGAAAUUAAACCAGAAGAGAAGCUUAAUCAUACAUGGGUAUCGUUUUAUUGACAUAUGAUUCAUAAAAAGCAUCAUCAAGCACCUUUGAAGGAAUAGGAGUUCAAUACAAGCCAUAGUACAAUACAUUGGUAUGAUGUUGAUUACAACAGAAAAUCGUUUUGAGCAUGCAUUUAAAAAUUAAGCCCAUUUUAGGACCAAUAAUGUAUUUAUGUGACAAUUAAGCACAUUUCUAUUAAAUAUUCAGAUUGUAAUGUGAAAAUUGCUAAGUAUUUUUACACAUCAUGGUAGUAUUUGGUGUACUGAAAAAAUUACUUGCUUUAAAUUACGUAUGAAAAUCACUUGAGAAUAAUAAUGGGAUUUGACCAUUUUAGGGAGCAGAAUUUGCUUAAUUGUAAUGACAGUAAAGUUACACUGAAAAUUAUAUUAGUACUAUACAGGAAGAAUUUUCUUUUCUAUAAAAUAUACACUUUUUGUUUUUAUACAUACACUUUAGUUUUUGCAUUCUGAAACGUUUGUCAAUUUAAGCACCUUUUCCUUCCAAAUUCUUAAAUUAUAAUGUGAAAAAGAAGUAAUUUGUAAUAUAUUUAUACACAUCAUUGUAGUAUUUGUAGAACUACAUUGAUGCUGAUGAAAUUGUCAAAAAUUGUAAAGCAAUAAUGAGAAUCAAAUUAGAAUAAGGGGAAUUAAAAUGGAAAUUUGGGAGCAAAUUUGCUUUAUUUUCAUAUUGUCAAAAAAAAAAAAAACUAAAAUAGGUGUAAUUUCCUUUUAUUUAAACAAUAUACUUAUUUCUCUCUUUUUUUCUGAUUACCGUUAUUGCAUUUUCAUGACAAUAAUAGUCCUGAAAACUGCCUUAAUUUUGUUUCUGUCAAAUAUAUACGUCUAUUUGUUUGCUACUGGAGCUGAUGGUCUGGUCAGAAUGAUUUUCUCUUGUAAUCGACAGUAUUCACCCUUGAUUAGUGAAACUCGUUCUGAACCUGGAAUAUUUCUUUAAGAUGCCUAAGCACUGGUUUAGAAAGUGUUCAAGUAUUGUCUUAGACGUGUUUGUCUAGAUAUUGCCAUCUUUCCAAAUGCAUUUGUUCUCUUAAACGCACACCAAACCUGCCCUGAACCCUCUGUCAUGUUAAAGCCCCGGCACAGAGGUCUUCAGUUCUUCUACCGAUCGUAGUAGUCUCUUUUAAUGUUCUCCACGUGUUCCUGAUGUUCACACAAAGCACUGAUCGAAUCCAUCUUCCCUGUUCUUCAGAUUGCAUGCUGAAUUGACACAAACCACGUUGCUUAUUUAUUAACUGCUAGACCUUUUGUUCAUAUGUGUCUCAGAGCUGCUGCUACUGCCUUCCACUGACCGCGAUCUGAUUGGCCGAUCGGCCUGGGCUGUGGAUCUGUACCAUAGUGGCAUGAGACAGAAAAGAGAUGUCGAAAAUAUAUAUAUUUAUAUUUUUCCUAAAAGAUGAUAUUGCAAGAGAUGGUGUUAUUUAAGGGACUUUUUUUUUGUGUUUCUGCUUGAGUUGUGGUUUCUCUUGUAAAGUGUGUACAGUGUGUUUUUGGGCACUUUCAGCAAAAUCUUAGUCUUCUCAAAGGGAUAAAUAAUUAAAGAGGAAAACUCA